CCCCCAGGCGAUUCUUCGACAGGACUGCGCUCUCUCGUCCGUUGGUCCGACUCUCCGUCUGCGAUUUUCUUGGCUCGCAAGACGCGUUGCGUCGAGAGGCGUUGCUUGUGCGUCUGGAGAGCGACGCAGAUCCGAUCUCAAGAUCGGCCGAUUCGGAUUUGGUCCAAUUCUCUCCGUGUCCCCGGGGUUGUAUACGCCGUUUUUAGGCAGAUUGCGACGUCUUGUGGCCGUGCUGGAUGCGCUGACGCGUAUGCGCUGGCGACGAACAUGUACUACCCGUCUGGGACUUCGGUUGCAGCACUCGCUGUGCUCGCAUCGGGCUGCGUGUACCUCUACCGACUGCUGAUAUGGUACCGCGUCGAGCAGUUCAAGUCUUACUUGCGGCUUGAGCCGCACUGGUUUUGGGGCCACCUCAAGUGGAUCGGUGAGACGCUGCCGUCCCUGCCCAAGGGAGCGCAUAGCGACUAUUCCUGGCAGAUUCUGCGGAACAAGUAUGCGCCGGAUGCUCCGUACUUGCUGUUCGACAUGCGCCCUGCUCUGGGCACGCCGCUGGCCGUCGUUUUCUCGCACAGCGUCGCCGAGGAAUGCUCCAAGCCGUCCAAGCAGUUCAAGUACUCGCUGCCCAAGUCGUACACCAACAAACGGCUCGCGCCCGUGCUUGGCGAUCUGUCUAUGCUGACGCACGAGGGCGAGUCCUGGAAAGCGCUGCGCAAGCGGUUCAAUCCCGGGUUCGCGCCCGCCCAUCUCAUCACGCUGUUGCCCACGAUCUUGGACCGCACCAAGCGUUUCCUUCAUCGGCUGGACGAGCGCUGCGAGACAGGUGAGGUGUUUGAGCUGGACGACUUGUGCACGACGCUCACGUUCGAUAUCAUCGGUGCCGUCGCGUUGGAUGUGGACUUCAAUUCGCAGCGUGAGCGCCAACUACAGCACCCCAUCGUGAGCCAGUAUGCGAAGCUCAUUGAUCUUUUUGCGGCUCGGAGUGGCGCUGCUGCUAACUUGACGGCGCCGUGGGUACGGUGGAAGCAGAAAAUGGUCGCCAAACGCGCCGACGCCGAAAUCAAGAAGGUCGUCGCCCAGAAGUUCGAAGAGCUUAAGGCGGCCCGUAGCAGGGGAGGCACGUCAAUCGGCCGUAGUGUCGUCCAGCUUGCCCUACAGGACGUUGAAGAGUUGACACCAGAGAUCUUGCAAUAUACCGCCGACCAGGUGAAGACCUUCCUGUUUGCGGGCCACGACACGACGAGCACGCUGCUGCAGUGGGUGUUCUACAACCUGUCCAUUCAUCCCCGUGUCCGCGAGAAACUUUUUGCGGAGCUGGACGAGGUUUUUGGGCGCGGAACGUCUCCAGACGAUGUCGCGCGGCAGCUGAUGGAGAGAGGCGAGGACGCGGUCAGAAAAUUGCAGUACACGAGCGCUAUCAUCAAAGAGACGCUGCGACUUUAUCCGCCCGCGGGAUCGGCACGGAUCGUGCCCGAGGAUGAGGCAUUCAUGGUUCAUGAUCCUAAGACGGGCGCCGAGUUGCCCCUCUUCGGUAUUGUGUACUUGUGCCACUACAUCAUCCAGCGAGACGAGAGUGUCUACGGGCCCACAGCCAGCAAAUGGGUCCCCGAACGCUGGGUGGGAAAUACAAACACAUGGAUGGAAGCCGACGAGCCGUCGGCGGCUCGGCAGGAAGGCAGCGCAAUUCCGGUGUCAGCAUGGCGGCCGUUUGAGCGCGGCCCAAGAAACUGCAUUGGCCAGGAGCUGGCCAACAUCGAGGCAAGAGUCAUCAUCGCGUGUGCAGCGAGACGAUACGAGUUCGAAAAGGUCGGCCUGGGCGAGCUGCAGCUGGAUGAGAACGGCCAGCCCGUGCUGGGCGAGGAUGGGACGCUCAGGCUCAAAAGCGAGAUGUACUCGACGCAUCGCAUCACGAGCAAGACGGUAGAUGGGAUGAAGGUGCGAGUCCGUCUAGCCAAGACUUGAAUGGCUGUACAAUUUGAGCCACCUUUCAUCAUUAGCACGCAUCUUGUCAGGAUGUGGCGGAGUAUUUCCUUCGCCGGCAGAAUAUGUGUUAGAUUCACAAGAGUGCAGCGCUUCGCUGAGACUGCCUAUUUCGAGAGACGCGUACUCUGGCAGAACCUGAGUUGGGGAAUCAAUAACCUUGCAGAGCAAUGCCCUUUAGUUUCUGUGGUGUGGUCGUCGGAUGCCUUGGCGUCGAGAUUCGCAGAUAUGCCGAAUAGCCAGGGCGUCACGUUGUCGUUGACUGCGGAUAAGAAACGCCAAGUGUUUUUUCGUAAACAGAGAACAGAAGUGCGAUGAUUGUGGCGGCAAGUCUAAUGACAAAGUGGACGACAACAACUACGUACAGGAGCUAGCCUGUCGCGUUCCACCACAUGCAUGUAUUUUGUUCACAUUUCAACCCAGCCUUGGACAUCAGGGGUGUGAACUCUCUUGUUUCUUUUGCUUUUAAACAUUCGCACCCUCAAGGCGAUUUGGAACGAACGGCUUUGCCGGAUAGGACAAAGCAGAUUGCUCAGCAGUCUAGGCUGCGGACGUCCUGCUUGAUUCCAAGCACACUCAAUCGAGACCAAGUACAUCCAGCCUGUUCCUCGUUAUGUGAUUUAAGA